AUGUCCGUUGAACUCAUUCCAGCCGAAUUGGGCUUCAGACGCCCCUUUGAUCGCGAGGUCACCGAGACUCUCAAACUCGCCAAUCCCAACUCUGCCCCGGUCGCUUUCAAGGUCAAGACCACGGCUCCUAAACAAUACUGUGUGCGACCGAAUUCUGGCAUCAUCCAACCCAAUGACUCUGUUGAGGUUCAAGUUCUCCUGCAAGCGAUGAAAGAAGAGCCUCCUCUCGACGCCAAAUGCCGCGACAAGUUCCUCGUCCAGUCUGUCCUCACGUCUUCCGACCAGGAUCCCAACGUGACGACUCUCUGGCAAACCGUUGAGAAGACUGCCAAACAAUCCAUUCAAGAGCGCAAGAUCCGCGUCAACUUCCUGCCUGCGACCGCCGCCACUCCCAACGGUGUUUCUUCCUCCCACGAUGAACAGCCACCAGCAUACUCCUCCCCUUCCCCACAGUUCGGUUCUCCAGCUGCUGCCGCUUCUACCCCUGGCAGAGGAUCUUCCAGCGCCGCUGAGUCCGCCAAAUCUGCUGUCGCCAGUUCUUCCGAGGCCACUGGCCUGACCACCGCCGCCGCCGCCGUCUCCAAUGCUUUGCCUGUCUCCAAUGAGGAACUCAAGGAACAACUGGCAGCUGCAAAGGCCCAGAUCCAAAAACUCAGCAACCAGGUGCAAGACCCGCAAUUCCGCCAACGAAAAGCCGCCGAGGCAAAUGAGAAGGUCCAGACUAUCGUGCAACAGAGCAACGAAUCCGGAGUGCCUCUACAGAUUGUCGCUGGCUUAUGCCUGCUCAGCUUCCUCAUAGCUUAUCUCUUUUUCUGA